CGUCCCCUCAGCCUCCGUGUCAUCCAGCCAGCGAGGACGCAGUUGCUGCGGACGCGCGGCGACGUACGCUGGCUGCUCUUAAUCGGAUACUCCUCUCUCCCUGCAUCUUGCAGCCUCCCCUCCAUCCCGGCCGCCGCCACCGCUUUUCCGCGGAGACCAAGCCGCCGCUCCCGUCUUGCCCUGCAGGUGCGGGCGAGGGCUCACUUCCUGCUUGCAGUUAAGCAUGACGACGGACACGUCACUCUGACCCGAAGACCAACAGGGACAAAGCGCCAAGGGAGGAAGUAGGGCGGGGACUGAGGACCCAAGGCCUGGUCUCCAUGGAGACGCUGUACAUAUUGAUAACGCUGUGGGCAGCUGCCCAGCUGGGCGGAGUGCCGGCCGCGGGACUGAGGCCGGCGCGAAGGACGGCGGCGGGACAUAAGAUGUCGGCGGGCUUGACGGGCCAGGACGCCAACGGGGUCCCGCUCAGGCGCUCCAAGCGAGGAUGGAUGUGGAAUCAGUUCUUCCUGCUGGAGGAGUACACUGGCAAUGACAUGCAGUAUGUCGGCAAGCUUCACUCGGACUCGGACCGCGAGGACGGCAGCGUGCGCUACGUGCUGACAGGCGAGGGCGCCGGCACACUCUUCAGGAUCGAUGAGGAUUCGGGCGACAUCCACGCCACCAAGCGUCUGGACCGCGAGGAGAAGGCCUACUACAUGCUCCACGCCAAGGCCGUGGACCGUUUCACCAACGAGGCCCUGGAGGGCGAGUCCGACUUCAUCAUCAAGAUCCAUGACAUCAACGACAACGAGCCGCGCUUCACCAAAGACCCCUACGUCGCCAGGGUGCCCGAGAUGGCCGACAUCGGCACUCCCGUCAUCCAGGUGACGGCGCUGGACGCAGACGACGCCACCUACGGGAACAGCGCCAAGGUGGUCUACAGCAUCCUGGAGGGGCAGCCCUACUUCUCGGUGGACCCCGAAAGCGGCAUGAUCAAGACAGCACUGCCGGGCAUGGACCGGGAGGUGAAGGACAAGUACCAAGUGGUGAUCCAGGCCAAAGACAUGGCCGGACAGAACGGCGGCCUCUCGGGCACCACCACGGUCAGCAUCACCCUGGCCGACGUCAACGACAACCCGCCGCGCUUCACCAAGACCCUCUACGAGUUCAAGGCGCCCGAGUCGACCCCGGUGGGCUCAGAGGUGGGCGUGAUCCGCGCCGUAGAUAAAGACAUCGGCGAGAAUGCCGAAAUGGACUACCGCAUCAUCGGGAGCGACGGGCCCGGGAUGUUCGACAUUGUGACCAAUCGCACCACGCAGGAGGGCAUCAUCGUGCUCAGGAAGCCACUGGACUUUGAGCGCAAACGUCAAUUCAGCUUCCGGGUUCAAGUGGAGAACCUCCACGUCAAUCCUCGCUUCUUCUCCAUGGGGCCCUUCCGGGACGAAGCGUCCAUCAAAGUAACGGUGGAAGACGUGGACGAGCCGCCCGUCUUCGAGCGCGCCAGCUACUUGAUGGAGGUCCGCGAGGACGCCGCCCCCAACACAAUCAUCGGAAGCGUCAGCGCCUCGGACCCGGACGGCAAGCGGAGUCCUAUCAGGUACGCAAUCGACCGGUUCACCGACUUGGACCGCGUGUUCGGCGUCCACGCCGUCAACGGCUCCGUGUUCCUCCUUCGGGAGCUGGACCGUGAGGAGAACGCCUGGCACAACAUCUCAGUCAUUGCCUCCGAGUUUAACCACCUACAUCAGAUGAGCCCCGUGUCGAUCAGAGUUCUGGACGUCAACGACAACGCGCCCACCUUCGCCACCAACUAUGAGACGUUUGUGUGCGAGAACGCCAAAGCUAACCAGAGAAUCCAGACGGUGAGCGCCAAAGACCCGGACGAGCCAGUAGGAGGACAUCGUUUUUUCUUCAGUCUGCCCCAGGAAGUUAGCGGCAAGGCCAACUUCUCAGUCCGCGACAAUAAAGACAACACGGCGUGGAUCCUGACGCGAAGGAACAGCUACAGCAGCCUACUGAAGAGCGUCUACCACGUGCCAGUGGUCAUCUCGGACAACGGGUACCCCGUGCAGAGCAGCACCAACACGCUGACGGUGCGCGUGUGCACGUGCGACCGCGAAGGCAAUAUGAAGCUGUGCAACGCCGAGGCGCUCACGGCAAGGGCCGGGCUCAGCACCGGGGCGCUGGUGGCCAUCUUGCUCUGCGUCAUGAUCCUGCUUCUGAUCGUGGUACUGUUUGCCGCCUUGAGGAGGCAACGCAAGAAGGAGCCUCUGAUCAUCUCCAAAGAGGACGUGCGGGAUAACGUGGUCAGCUACAACGACGAGGGUGGCGGCGAGGAGGACACGCAGGCCUUCGACAUCGGCACGCUGCGCAACCCGGAGGCCAUCGAGGACGGCAAGCAGAGGCGGGACAUCGUGCCCGAGACCUACUACCCGCCCGUGCGCCGGCCCGCGCCUCCCCCGGCGCGGGACAACAACGGCGACGUGCGGGACUUCAUCAACCAGAAGAUCCAGGACAACGACGUGGACCCCACGGCGCCGCCUUACGACUCGCUGGCCACGUACGCCUACGAGGGCAGCGGCUCGGUGGCCGAAUCGCUCAGCUCGCUGGAGUCGGCCACUACCGAGGGCGAGCAGGACUACAACUACCUGAGCGAGUGGGGCCCGCGUUUUAAGAAACUGGCCGACAUGUACGGCGCCGACGACAGCGACCGGGAUUCCUAACGACGUGUCGCCGCGUUGCGUGGCGGGAGGAUGUACGGGCGAAGCCUUUGGAGCCUUGUGUGUCCCGUCCAGUGUUAGGACAGGGGUGUCCAAACUGCGGGCUGAGGGCUGUUUGAUUUGCAAACGCGGCUUGAAAAAUUCUUAUUUUACGAGAGACUGAUCUUGCGUUGCUUCUGAAUGUGAAGAUGAGAGGGGGCUGAUUUAUUCUCGCCCCAAAAUCCUGAAAAAUCACAUUCAGCAGAAAGCUGUGACAUGGCACAAAUUGCUUGAUGGAAUAGUCUUGGCGUGUUGAAUAAUGUCCAAGUGCUCUGGCAUUCUUGGAUUUUUCUGCCCUCCAUAGAAACAGUUUGGACACCCCUGUGUUAGGGUCACGCCCGCAUAUAUCUACCGCUGUUUUUUUGUUGUUUUUGUCGUGCGGCUGCCUGCGACAGACGCUGUGCGAUGGCGUCCUUUUCAGUGUUUCUGCGCCAAACUCCCGCUGCAUAUAUUGUGAUCUUCUGCUUGUGUACGUUACGAGACAACACACUGUACAGCCACUUCCUACAUUUUGAUCAUCUCACAGCGCCCCCUAGCCUUUAGGAGCGGCGCUGUCAUCACGCUUGAAAGGCGCCGAGUUGCGGUCCACUUUGUCACGACUCGCGGGCGACUAAAGCCAAGAAAAUGUUUUUUCCUCAAUGUCCUCAGCUUUGUUGCGUCUGUGUUUGAUGAAGGCAUCUGCACUCUUGUUGGUUGCUGAACUUUAAUUCAAAAGGCUUCUCUUUUUAAUCAUGGUGUUAGUACAGUGGUUCUCAAAUUCUUGAUGACAAGUACCAGCUCCACAAAACACUUGAAUCCCACCAUCAAGAUUUGAAAACAAGCAGUGAGGACAAAGAUGAUUUCCCAGGGGACACGCCCACCAAAGAUAUAAAUAGGACUCUCAAAAUGAAGAAGCCUUUUGGAUUAAAGGUUGAAACGUCUUCAACAACCAAGAGGUUGUCGCCAUUCAACUUGUGCAGAUGAUGGAGAAUCAAGUCGCUUUCACAGACUUGAUCUGAUCUUUCCUGAGGACGAGCCAGAUCGUCCACCGAGGAAGCGGUCCAGAUUCUGAUGAUGGACCUUGUAGACCUUGUUUUUGGUACAAAAAAAAAAGAACACCAACGACCCAGUCGUGUGGCAGGCACCGAGUCCUGACUGCAGCUUUCGUUUCCUUCGGCCUUUUUCCACAAAACGCUCGUCAAUGAGCCUUUUAACCUUGGGUGUCGACGGCUAACAAGGAGCUGAAAGAGAUUCCUCAGCUCAUAGUAGCAAGUUAACGGAAAAAAAAAAAAAGUGACCGCCUUAAAGAAACGGUACGAUCCAAGCAGAUGACGGAAGAAAGAAAACUGCGAGAAUGAAGCAGACACGCGCGCUACUUUAGCAUUAGCCACGCGGCCAAGCAACACAGUGGGCGUUUUGUUACGUGGAGUGUUCAGCACGUGGUCAUUUGGGUCCCCCCCCUCCCCCCUCCCGAUGCAAACGCGGCGCCAUCAAGUAGACGUGUGCUUGUCGAUGUGUAGACGCCGUUGGGCCGUUGGUGACAACCGUGGUGGAGUCUCUGUGAGCGUAGAAAACGUAUCGGGAGGGCUCGCCGUAGCCCGGCGGGCCUCCGUCAAUUCUGCUUUGUACGUGACAUUUUGUACUGGAUAUUUAUAUGACACGAUUAAAUAUCUUCUAAAUCUG